AUUACUUACAGCUGCAUUGUUUUAAGGGUGAGAGCAGACGGAAAUCUCGAAAUUUUUCAGACUACAUCAAGAGAAGCAGAAUGCAGCAUAUAGCAAUUUUCAUAGUCACCAUUUUUUGUGCCGUAGCAAGCGGCCAGGAACCCACUGGAUCUCCUCAGUGCGGUUGCCUUGAAGUGCCAGCGCUUGGCAGUCACCGCAAAGAAAAGUUUUGCAGAAGUCACCUGACACCCGCAUCGGAACUGAACAAACCGCGCAACUGCAUCUGUAGACCAGGUCUUGUCCGCAAUUCUUGGGGGGACUGCAUUACCAAACACGAGUGCAUGCGCUGCAAAUGUUUCCGGGACAAGGACUUCAACGUGUGCCGCCGGGCUUGCCCAGUCAUGUGCAACGAGCCGAUACGUGGAUCGUGUUCUAAAAAGUGCGUCCUUGGAUGCGAUUGUCCUCCUGGCUUCUUGCGGGACCCUACGAAGAAGUAUCGGUGCGUCAAGGCAGCGAAGUGCGUUCUAAAAUGCCCGCAGAAUUCGAAGUUCCAGUUCUGCGUGUCUACCUGUGCACCCAAAUGCGGCGCACGGCCCCCCAAAAUUUGCGUUACACGUUGUCAAAGGGCCGGCUGUGUCUGCGAUCAGGGCUACGCCGAAGUUGAGCAAAACGGGGAGACUAUGUGCGUUCCACAGGGAGAGUGUUACCGAUACUUGGGUCUGGCGGCAUCACUCACGCCCGGUGGACAUGCAAACGUAGGUGGCGGAAUAAGCUCUGCCGGAACAGCAGUACUUCCGGGUGGCGUUGUGGGAAGUGCAGUGGGCACAGUGUCAACAGGAACAGGAGUAUUUCCACCAGGAACUGUGGGCACUGCAGGAGUUCCAUCUAUUUCGGGUAGUGGUGUCGGAGGUACAGCCGGUGCAGUCUCACCAGGAGCAGGAGGAUUUUCACCAGGAUCUGUGAGCACUGUAGGUGUACCAACUAUUUCGGGUAGCGGUGUGGGAGGAACAGUAGGUACAGUCUCAACAGGAGCAGGAGGAAUUCUCCCAGGAUCUGUGGGCACUAUAGGUGUACCGUCUAUCCCGGGUAGCGUUGUGAGAGGCACAGUGGGCACAAUCUCAACAGGAGCAGGCGUAAUACCACCGGGAUCAGUGGACAUUGAAGGAGCAUCUUCUAGAGGUACUUAUGGAUUUGGCGCGACUAGUGGUGGUAUAUACAGCAAAGGUAUAGGACCAGAUGAUUCCAUGGAGUCUGGCGAGGGCAGCGUACGAGGUGACAUCACAGGGGCUUCACCUACCUAUCCUGGACCGAAUGGUGCUAUUGAAUCAUUGCCUGGUAGCGAAGGAAUUGAACCGGUCGGUGUUGCGAUAGGUACGGAAGGUUCCAUACCGUUAGUUACGUCCGCAGUUGGUGGUGUUGGUGGUGGGCUAAUGACAGGAGGUACAAUACCAGCCGUAGUUGGAAGACCUGGUGGCCUCGGUGUGGGUACUGGUACAAGCACCUUUGGUCAGAAUAGUGGUGGAUUUCCCCGCCCAGCCACUACCACAAUAAACAUAGCUGGAACACCACUGUCUGGCUCGGCAGGAAGUAGUCCGAAUGGAGUAUCAACAGGCUCAACGCUUAGACCCUUGCAGGGUGCUUCUGUAUUUGGAACGGUAGGCAGCGGUAUAGCCGCAACAAGCAUACAUGCCGCUAAUCCCGUACAACCUGGCACGGCUGCUACCGGAAUCAAUGCAGAGGGUGCUGGCGGGAGCGGUGCGGGAGGGCUUGCGCCAGUCGUUUCCGGAACAAGCACACCUGUUGGGCCAAUCACUGACGCCACAGGAAGUAGACCAGGCUUUGUGGGAACAGAAACACUGGGUGCACCCUCACUGGCCACUUCAUUAACUAGCGGAGUAGGCACUAGUCUAGUAACAGCAGGCACACUAUCAACAGUUCCGGUAAUACCUAGCGGGGUAACUGGCGGAAGCGCAGCCGUAGGUAGUGGCUUACCCGCUACAGGAGUGAGUGGCCCGAUCUCUGUAGGAUCCCCCGCCGCUGGUACGCCCUCAUCUGUCACCACAGGGUUUAGCUCUAGUGCUGUCGUAGCACCCACAGGAGGCUCAGAAUUUGGUAGUAAUGCUGGAGUAGGUGUUGUUGGUAGUAGUAUUGGUGCAGUAAGCGCAGGUACCGGAUUGACUCGAGGAACCACGCUCGGAAGCCACCUAGGGGGCGUUGGAUCAGCUGCAAGGUUCGGGUCGGGCAUCAAAUAGCAAUGCCGGGCGCAUAGCUGGUGCUGUAUUAGGAGCUGCCGGUCCUUCCUGCGCUGAUGGCUGGAGUGGGUGCGGCAACAGCAGGAGUCACAGGGUUGAGUAACACAGGUCACCACGGGGGUGCACCUUGCAGAGGUGCGAGUUCUGGCUGCUUGCACACCGCACAUACAAAUGCUGGCCGAGCGGGAUGUACAACCUGUUAGCGACCAUAUUUACAUAUUGAAAGGCUUCAUUUAUGGAUGAAAAUAAUUGUUGUGCUGGAAUUUUUCAGACCGAAACAGCAAUUACCCUAUGCUACUGAUGGAUGUGACCUUGCUAACCAAUUGAGUCCCUCCCUCCCCUAGCAACAAAAGUGAACCCUAGUAUGCUUAAAUUAUGCUGAAUUGAAGUAAUAUCAAAAUUAUUGGUGCUUCAGUACUAGCCAGAAUUUUUAUGGCGCCUGGAAGCUCUAAGGUAUUAUUAGUUCUGUACGCGCAUUUCUCCCUACGUUAUAUUUGAAAUAUAUAUUCGAAGACAAUGUUUCCUUGAAUAAACUUGCAGAAAGAUGACA